AUGAAAAACGAACAUUCAGGUGAGGUUUUGUUACCACCUUCUGCUUUUCUUGUUACCACCUCUGUCGCUGAACACUACCUUCCAGUCGGCAAAGAUCAUAACGAUGCGGUUGGUACUACAAAAUCAAUGUUCAGUAACAGAGAUACUGAAUUAUCGUCAGUGGAUUCAGAUAUGAGUGAAUUAACAAAGAAAUCAAAUAAUCUUCUAAACUCUUCAAAACUUCAUGAGAUGGUGGAAUACAAUAACAACAGUGAUUAUAAACAAAUGAAUAAACUUGUUGAAAAGUUAACAAAAGAAAAUGCCUAUUUACUGCAUAGUCAAACAAAAGCUUUGAGUGAAGUGAAUAAAUUACGAGCGUAUAUUGAACUAGGCAGAGCUGAUGAGAUGUAUGCCCAGAAAACAGAUACCAGAGAACCAUCAACACAUAAGUAUAUAUGUGAGACUGAAUUAUUAGAAAAGUUGAAAUGUUUAGAGAAUAAGAAUUCUCAAUUAAAUCAUGAACUUGAACAAGCCAACAUUUCGAUACGCAGUUUACAGACAGUUUUAGAAAUUCAAGAGAAACAGUUAUUUGGCAAAAGUGAUAAUAAAAUGUCAAAUGCUGAUAAUAAUAAAUCAGAAAAAGUCGAGAAAUUACUUUCUGCAUGGCGUAAACACGUUUUACGCUUACUCAUUGAAGUAGAAAAUCUUAAAACUGAUAAAUUGCACACUGUAGCCAAAUCACAACGGGAUUGUGAAAAAUUAUCUUCAGAUGUUGAGUCAUUGAAAGCGAAUUUUGAAGCCAAUGAAUUCAAGCUGAAGGCUAGUAAUGCUGCACUGGAUAUUGAAAGGAAUAAAAGACAGGGACUCGAGAAGGAUUUAGAAAACUUACGAUCGGAGUUGUCAAGAGCUCAGUCAGAUUUGACAAAAUCACAUGAAACCUACCGGGAAUUCACUUCAAAUACAAAGGAACAAAUCUGUCAGAUUGUAAAACUUAUACAAACAUUUAUGCACAUUCCAGAAACAAGUGUUACAAGCUCACAACUUCAGCUGCCUACAACAACAACUAUAUGCUCGGUGUUUCGGCGUCUCCGACAGUUGGAAAGGCGUUUAGAUUUUGCAAAUUCUCGUCUUCCUUUAUUACGUACUCACUUGUUAUUGCUACAUGGGAAAUCAAGUACACUGCCUCUAAAAUGUUUUACAGAUCAAUCAACACAGAUUAAUUGUGGUUUUAAUAGUUGGAUAGGUGAUAUUUUAUCAGAAUCGGAGAAAGACGAAAUUAUUUCUGAAGCCCAAAAUGAUAUGCGUCAAGCUAUUAAAGAACGUGAUCAAGCAUUAGAACAGUUAUCAGAGUAUGUCCAGUCAUAUGAUCGACGUGUUCACGAUUCUGAGAAAGCAGUUGAACAAGAACUGUUUAAUCUUCAAGAAGAGAACAGAAAACUAAAUAUAUCUCUACAAGAGGAACAAAAAAAAUUAAAGGAAUGCUUAGAACAGUUAGAAAAUGAGAAAAUGGCACAUGCUAAUACUAAACAAAAUUACAGAGAUGAAAGUACACAAUUAAAAGGGCAACUAAACGAAGUGAAAAUGAAACUGUCACAGGCAUCAACUGCUUUACGUCAUGCUGAACGUCGUAUUGAUCGAGAAAUCAACCACAGAAAGUUACUGAUUAGUGACAUGGAAAGAAGUUAUAAGUCGAAAAUCGAAAUUUUAGAGAAUGCACUUCACUCAUUUUAUCCAGAGUCGUAUCAGUGUCACGACAGUAUGCUGAAAUCACCAAGUAUCAUACCGAAUGUGAAAAAGCCAAUAGUACCUUCAUUAGCGAAACAUAUUGAUGUUGAAGAAACUAUGCGCAAACUUGAUCAACUAGUUGAUCGACUGAACAGUGAUUCAGAAGAUGAAAAAGAGGUAACUGGCGAAGAAUCAACUCAGUGA